UCCCCCACCUUGGCAGUUCCUGCGAGGUUGGAGAGAUUGAACUCUCGCCUCCCAUCCUCCCGUGGACGAUGGCGGCGUGGCUGGCUGUGGUGGUGGUGGUUGUGGCGGCGGCAGCGGGGGUGACGGAGGGCCAGAGGGAGAAUAAAGUGCCGGUCUUCCUUCCUGACGGAGACAUGAAGGGCUUCUCUCUCAGAGAGGACACACCGGUGGGGUCCUCAGUGUACAAGCUGAGGGGCAGUGAUCCUGAAGGCACACCAGUGUCCUUUACUGUCUCUGGCGACUAUCUGAGUGUGGACAGAAACUCAGGAGUGGUGACUCUAGUACAGGCAUUGGAUAGGGAGAGCAUGGCCAAGAUUGAGGCUAUCAUUACAGUGACAGAUGAACGGGUUUAUGGUUUUGAGGCCAACACAGUGCCUCUGCGGAGAGAAAUUCCUGUGCUGGAUGUGAAUGACAACCCGCCAGUGUAUCAUGACCAGCCAUACUCCUUUUCUGUGGCUGAGUCUGCCUCCCCCGGCGCCACACUCUUCUCUCAUAUCAAGAUCUCAGAUGCAGAUGAGGGCGAUAAUGCUAAGGUUACUCUGGAGUGUGUCAAAGAGGAGAGUCCACGUGCAUGCGAGCAGUUUGAGAUCAGGGCAGCUCAGGUGCUGGAGGGUGAAUAUGUGGGCAUUGUGUCCUUGCGGCAGCUGUUGGAUUAUGAGAGGGAGAGUCAGUACACCAUUGUGGUGCGAGCUUCUGAUGGGGGUUUUGAGAGGAAGCUCAGCUCCACAACAACAGUGAAGGUGGAUGUGCAGGAUGUGCAGGACCAGCUCCCAGUGUUCCUCAAUGCUCCCUUCAGUGCUACAGUGAGGGAGGCUUCACCACCUGGCACCUCUGUGUUGGUGGUGGGUGCACGGGAUGGUGAUCUUGGGGAGCCCCGGCCUAUAACCCUGUCCCUGGAAGGAGAUGAUGCUGGCUACUUCAGCCUGGAGGAUGUGAAGACCCAUGAGGACAGUUCCCUCUCUGCCACUCUUGUCACUUCCAAUGUCACUCUCAACAGGGAGAACCCACUCAUCCUCAACAAUGGAGGCCUCUACACCUUCAGCAUCAGGGCACAGGAAGAAGGGGCCCAGGCUGCCGUCUCCCAGGUGACAGUGGUGGUGACGGAUGUGGAUGACCAGAAGCCAGUAUUCUCACAGGAAUCCAUUGCUGUGCAAGUCCCAGAGGACAUUGCUAACGGGACACCUCUGCCUGGCCUGAACCUGGUGGUGAGUGACGGUGAUGUUGGGGAGAAUGCUCGCUUCACCCUGGCGCUUGAGGACAUCUUUGGCUCACGGGGCGUCUUCUCCAUCUUUCCUGAGACUGCUGUGGGGAGGACACCAGUCAUCAUCAAGGUGGCAGACUCUUCACACCUUGACUAUGAGGAUCCCAAUGCCUCCAGCUUUGUCUUUAAAGUGGUGGCUAGUGCCAGAGGAGAGCCAGUGUCAGCUGCUGUGGUCAAUGUCACUGUUACUGAUGCCAAUGACAAUGCUCCCACAUUCCCCAAGUCCUCCUACAGCUUCAGUGUGAGUGAAGGCGUGCAGGGCGGCCACCUCAUCACUUCACUGCUGGCCAAUGACUCAGAUUCCGGCAUGUUCGGGGAGAUCCGGUACAGCCUGAAGGGAUUUGGUGCUGAGAAGUUCCGGGUAGAUGAAGAGAAGGGUAAUAUUUAUGUGGCUAACUGUGGAGUGGAGACUUGCCUGGAUUAUGAGCGUCAGGCCACCUACUCCCUUACCUACUCAGCUACUGAUGGGGGAGGGAAGGUCACCUCUGUCAACAUCUUCAUUGACGUGGAGGAUGAAAAUGACAAUGCACCAGUUUUCUCAAGGAGGGAAUAUCGCAGGACUGUGGAUGAGGGUGUGGAGGCCUUUGAUCCACCUCUGUUUGUCAAGGCCACUGAUGGUGAUGGAGAGAGCCAGGGAGGUGGAAAGGUUUACUAUUCUCUAGAGGAAGGGAACACACAGGAUGAGGCAUUCUUUAUGGAGCCUGAAAGUGGGGAGCUCACCAUCCAGCGGCCCCUCACUCACCUAGACACCCCCACCUCCACCUACACCCUCACUGUCCGUGCCACUGAUGCAGGAGAGCCACCUCGCUACUCUGAUGUGCGGGUCUUCAUCACGGUGGGCAGAGACACCAACAGGCCGCCAAGGUUCCGUCAGAGAACCUACAAAACUGAGCUGCCUGAGGACGUCCAGCCAGGAACCCUUGUGCUGCAGGUCUCAGCCACUGACCCUGAUGGACCUGACGAGGGCAUCACCUUCCUACUGACAGCAGGUGCUCGAGACAAUUUCAUUAUCAAUUCCACCACAGGGGAGAUCAAGGUGGCACAGGGAGCAAGUCUGGACCGAGACAUCAGCCCACAGUUUGAUGUGGUUGUGGCUGCAGUGGACAGUGGAGCUCAGACCCGACAGACUUCCACCACAACUCUCACUGUAUCACUUCAGGAUGUCAACAACAAGCCUCCUAAGUUUAGUCAGGACUCCUACGUGCAGUAUGUGAGUGAGCGUCUGCCAGCUGGGGAGGAGAUAGUAAGGGUGAGAGCCACUGACCCUGACCAAGAUGCCUCCCUGCAGUUCACCAUCAGAGAACCAGUACUUGCACGGGACAAGACUGGUGUGGCUCUUACUCCCUCCUCCCCAUACAAUUAUCUCGGGGCAUUCAGAAUCAACGAGACCUCUGGAGCAGUGUCAGUGUCUGGGCCGCUGAAUCACAACGAGGCAGCUGUCAUCAUCCUCCCCAUUGCUGUGGAAGACAAAAAUGCCUCUGCUGCUUUCCCAGACCAGACUGAUUUGACUGAAGUGACGCUGUACAUCCAGGCAUUCAGUGACAAGAACCCAAUCUUUGCCCCACCUUGGACUCCUUCACGACCACAGUUGCAGGUGAAGGUGAAGGAGGAGCAGGAGCAGGGCACGAAGGUCUUCUCUGUCAUGGCCAAGGAUCCCAUCUCAGGGCAACCAGUGAGGAGGUAUGAGAAGGUGGCAGGAUCCGACCCUGACAACAUGUUCUCUGUGGGUGCCAUCACUGGUGAGGUCUCCCUUAAUUCACGCCUUGAUUAUGAAGCUUCAGAAACUAAGACAGCUUCACUGCAGGUGCUUGCCAUUGCUGGGGACCGCUCCAGCCAGGCCUCCAUUAUUGUCAACAUUGAGGAUGUGAAUGACAACAGUCCCAUCUUCACUGAGAAUGAGUACCACACACGCCUGGCCGAGGAUGCACGUUUCCCCAAGUCUGUGUUGACAGUGUCAGCAACAGAUGCUGACACUGGAGUGCGAGGAGUGAGGUAUUCGCUGGGAGGGGAAGGUGCACUACUUUUUGUCAUCAAUGAGACCACAGGAGAGAUAGUUGUUGCUCGGGGAGCCCAGCUGGACAGAGAGGCCUCACCCACCAUCACUUUAGAGGUGACUGCUUAUGACACACCUGAGGGAGGCAUCACUCAGCGCAAGACCACCGUCAUUGUGGAGGUGGAAUUGGUGGAUGUAAAUGAUGAGGUGCCAGUGUGGAGUGAGAGCCACUACACAGCAGUGGUGGCAGAGAACACAGCAGUAGGCAGUCCUGUGACCCAAGUCCUUGCCACAGACCCAGACUUGGGGCUGAAUGGGCUGGUGCGGUACCAGCUGCCGGAGCCACAGGGCGAAGUGGAAGGGCUGUUUUCUCUGGACUCUGAGACUGGUGUGCUGCAAGUAAAGGCUCCUCUGAAUGGCAAGGGACGCACAGAACACUACGAAGUGACAGUGCGUGCCAUAGACCAAGGCACACCCCAGCAGUACUCUGAGGCCAUCAUCCAUCUUCUGAUUGGUGACGUGUCCACGAACGAUGGUGUCCCAACCUUCAGACGGCCGGCACCCAAUGAGGGCGCCACCAUCAUGGAGAACUCCAAGAUUGGGACAGCAGUGUUCCAGGUGGAGGCUGAGGACCCAGAUGACCCCAGCACUCCCAAUGGCAAGAUUGUCUACUCCUUCCUUGAUGACGGCAGUGACAGUGGCAUCUUUGAGAUAGAUGCCACCACGGGAAUGAUUCGCACGAGGGCACUGGUGGACAGAGAAGUUCGGGAGCAGUACACAGUGGUGGUGGUGGCACAAGACUUGGGUCGCCCUCCCCAGUUGGCCUCCAGACUCCUCACCAUCAACAUCACUGAUAUGGAUGAUAACCCACCUGUCUUUGUGAGGCUCCCAGGUGGCAAGGCCCUUGAGUUUGAGGUAGAGGAGGAGGCAGCCGUGGGCACAGUGGGUGGGUACGUCUCAGCCACAGACAAUGACAGUGGAGACAAUGCUCUCAUUGACUAUCGCAUUACUGAUGGUAAUGAUGGAGGGCUUUUUGCCAUUAAUAGGACUACUGACAACCGGGGCAUGAUUUAUGUCAAUAAGCGUAUUGACAGAGAAGAGGUGGAUGCAGUAACCUUGACUCUUCUGUGUGGGAAGCUGGGCCGCAGGAUGCCCUCAAGGAUGGAAUAUGAUCAUGCCAACCCCGCUAUGAUGCAGGUCCACAUUUUAAUUCGUGACCUGGAUGAUAAUAAACCAGCUUUCCUGAAGAAGGAAGUGACCACUGGGGUGCGUGUGGAUGCAGCCCUGCAGACGGAGGUGCUCAGACUGCGAGCUGAAGACAAGGACCCCACUGCCCUUCCCAUUAGAUAUGGCCUCCACAAUAUCAGUUUCUCCCAUCUUGAGAAUACUGUGGAGUUACUGCCUGAUGAGGAGGUGAAUGCCACUGGAAUCUUCCUGCUAGAGAAGAACACUGGAGUACUGAGAACCAAUGCACCACUCACCCGAUACACCCACGGUAUCUUUACUGCCUUUGUUACUGCUUCAUCCUCUCCUCCCAACACUCCCUCAGAUGAGCCAGCUGUUUCUAAAGUUAUGAUCUAUGUGCUUCGUGACUCUGACUUGCUGCGCUUUGUCUUCCGCCUGACACCUGGUGAGGUAAGGCGUCAUCUGGAGACCUUCAGUCGGGAACUGGAGGGUGUGUUGCCUGUAGCAGCCUCACUCAACAUCUAUGAGACAAAUUACUACUCAGAAGCUGACGGUGCUAUUGACUUCACCAGCACUGGAUCCUGCUUCCAAUUGGAGGGAAGAAACCUGCAUGACACAAAAGUGCUUCUUGACGUCUCCCAGAAUCCCAAACUGAACCAAGUGUUUGAGAAGUAUUCUGUCAGGAAGGUAGAGAGGUGUGUGCCACGAAAGGAGGCUGGUGGGGCUGACUGGGUGGAGGUGUGGGUGAUGGUGAUAGCAGCCUUCAUUGGUGUUGGAGGUGCUGUGGCCGCCUGUGCUGUAUGCUGCCUCUACUCCCAUUACCGCCGUAAGGUGAAGCGCCACAACCGUCACAUGCGUCUCAUUGACUCCCCGCCCUCAGUGGGCCCUGUGUUGCCUCCAGGGUCCAUAGUCAUGCUUCCCCCAGGGCCUCCAGGACCUCCUGGGCAUCCAGGACAUCCAGGCUCUGUGGCUGUGGCUCCUACAGGGGCCCCAAUGCCACCUGCCUCCAUCUUGAGCUCUGAGCCUCCCAGAGUGUACGAGUGGCAGGAACGAGGCAUUCCCAUGGAUGCUGCCUCUCACAGAAGUGCCCAGAGGUAAUGAAGGCAGUGAGUGAUCUCCCCAUGCAGUGUGUGGUGUGGCCACAGCUGUUGAAUAAAUGCAAACUUUAUCAUCUGUUUGCUUUUGGUAAUGAUUGGAUAUCUGGCUAGAGAUAACUACCAAGGUAAUCUUAAAAUACUCUUCAAAUAAGGUGGUGUUAAGAACAUUUUAUAAUAAGUUAAGUCUGAGCCAUUCAAAUGUGAUAUGGGCUGUUUUUGUUUAGGUUUUAAACAGUGUAUUUUGAACAGAAAUUAAGUUGUUUUAACCUACACAUUUAUGUACAGCUGCUUAGGCAAUGAAAAAAAAUCUUGAAAUUUUCCAUUCUCAGAUUAUUUCAAAACUUUUCUGAAGGUCUUAUAGUUACAUCUAUAACCAAUUAUGCCUAGUCCAAAAACCACAGAUAUAACAAGUCUCUUGUUGUUUACAAAGUGCUAGUAUGCUAGUUGAUAGAGAGAUAGUUAUUGUUUACAUAUAUGUUGCUGGCUAUUUGGACAUGUCUUGAAUCUUUGAAUUAGAACAAAACACUAAGAUGUGAUUUUUUACCAGAAUGUCUUGGGCUGAGACCAGUCAGACCAUGUCACAUCUCACUGACACUUCCUCCAAAGCUCAAACUUCUCUGAUUGGUGAUUCUCAUAAUGGUGUGUGUAGUUGACAUACAGUAGGUAGUGAUUGCACUAAUUUAUUGCUUAUAUGUUGUGCUGAGUGUGACAGUGUCCUCGCAUCAGAGUGUCCAUCUAGGAAAUAGGUACUUUGUGGAGGUAUUUUUGAAUGCAUUUACUAAUUUUAUUCUGAGCCUUGAUAAACACUGUACUACAGGGACACUCUAUUGUAUGUUGGGAGAAAAAACAUUUCAAUGUAGGCAUGUCUAAUGAUAUUCAAAUUCAAAAUUCAGGUAUGGCACUUGACCCUUGCUUCAGCCAGUGCCUCAUAUAUGGAAGAAAUUAAUUAAGUGAGUCCUUUAAUUAUUAGUUGUAGUAGUAGCAGCAGCAGCACCAGCACCAGCACCAUAGCAAUAGUAGUAAUAGUAGUAGUAGUAGUAGUAGUAGUAGUAGUAGUAGUAGUAGUAGUAUAUUCUUUUUUUCAUGAUUAUUUUUCUCUUGUUAUUGUUUGGUGUAUAUAAAACUCUACAAAUCCUGACAUAUACUUUGCUGCAUAUUAUAUAUAUUUUUGUUGGGUCCUUCUAAUGAAAGGUUUAUUGCAGGAGACUAUAUAUUAUACAUGUACUUAGUGAAUAAACAUGAACAAGCUGUAGUGUACAGUGGGUGUUCAUGCAUCAUAAACAAU